GGAGGAGGGACGGCUCCAUCACACAGUUUCCUUCCGGUAUCACAUCCUCCUAACAUGGCAGCUGCCGGGCUGUGCUCCUUCUUAGCAACAGUCUUAUUCCUGUCGGCCCCCUCCUCAGCGUUUGUAGAGGACUUGGGUGAGACUUUCAAGGACACUAGACAAGACGAUGUUUGGCUUGUGGAUUUUUAUGCACCUUGGUGUGGCCACUGCAAGAAACUUGAGCCUGUUUGGAAUGAGGUUGGCAUUGAGAUGAGGUCAAGUGGAUCCCCUGUGAGAGUUGGAAAGAUGGACGCAACAGUUCAUUCAAGCAUUGCUUCAGAAUUUGGGGUGCGUGGAUUUCCAACUAUAAAGCUGUUAAAGGGUGAUAUGGCCUACAACUAUCGCGGUCCUAGAACUAGGGAGGAUAUCAUUGAAUUUGCAAAUCGAGUUGCUGGGCCAUUGAUACGACCGCUCCCAAGCCAACAGAUGUUCGAGCACGUACAGAAGCGUCAUAAAGUGCUGUUUGUGUAUGUCGGUAUUGAAUCAACCCUGAAGGAAAAGUUCAUUGAAGUUGCAUCUGAACUUAUUGUGUAUACAUACUUCUUUUCUGCUUCAGAAGAUGUCUUACCCGAGUAUGUCACACUGAAUGAAGUUCCUGCUGUUUUGGUGUUUAAAGACUCAACUUAUUUUGUUUAUGACGAGUAUGAAGAUGGUGAUUUAUCAAGCUGGGUUAAUAAGGAGAGGUUUGAGGGGUACCUCCAUGUCGAUGGGUUUACAUUGUAUGAGCUUGGUGACACAGGAAAACUUGUGGCUGUUGCAGUGAUUGAUGAAAAUAACAAUUCAGUUGAACAUAUACGAUUGAAGUCUAUUGUUCAAGAAGUAGCAAGAGACUACAGAGAUCAGUUUCACCGAGACUUCCAGUUUGGACAUAUGGAUGGCAACGAUUACAUUAAUAGUCUACUUAUGGAUGAAGUCCAGGUGCCAACUAUUGUUGUACUCAAUACCUCCAAUCAACAGUAUUUCCUUCCUAACGAGAAAGUUGAAAAUAUCGAAGACCUGAUUCAGUUCAUUAACAGCAUUUUGGAUGGAACAGCAGAGGCUCAAGGAGGCGAUGGAAUUCUGCAGCGCAUUAAAAGAAUUGCUUACGAUGCCAAGUCUACUGUUGUAUCUGUGUUUAAGAGUUCACCCCUGCUUGGGUGCUUCCUCUUCGGUCUACCACUGGGUGUCAUCAGCAUAAUGUGCUAUGGAAUCUGCACAGCCGACUCAGACGAUGGCUCGGAGGAAAUGACCCGAAAAGAUGUCAUUGAUCCAAAUGCGUCAGAUGAGGGCAGCGAUGAGGAGCAUGACGAGGACAAAACUAGAGAGAACUCUUCAGAGGUGACGGACGAAGACCAAGAAGAAAAGGAUAUUAUGGAAAAGAAGAUAGAUUAACUUUUAUGAAAAUUGGAUUAACUAGGAUUCCAAAAGAAACUUAUUUAUUAAAUUCAACCACUGACACAGCUUUAUUAAAAAAAAAAUAUAGAAAAUAAAAAAGACAGGACUGCUUCACUGAUUCUUGGCAUGCAACUUCAUUUUUACGGCAUCAAGACUAUUUCUCAUACGUUCUAGAAUUUAAUAAAAAGGCUUGGAAAAUAGAAGACAAAUAUAGACCUUUUUUUAUUUUUUUUUAUUAUAGCACAUUCCUCAAACUGGUUCAUUCUGUUUGUGCUCAGCUCAAAUUCUAGAGUGUUUGUUCAGGCAUCUGGGAGUUUUUGCUAUUUGAUUUAUUUUAUUACGUUUUACGGCUAUUGAAAUUAAGCAUUGUGCAUUUUUUUUUACAAUGGUGUAAUUGGAAGGUUAUGCACUUCGCUUAACCUCCUUAGCGGUAAUCCCCAGUGUGGCUCGGGGU